AUUCAAAGUGCAGAUUGAAAUCCCAAACCAAACGAAGAAGAAGAAGAAGAAAACACAGACAAUUACGUUCUGCACGAAGAAUCAAACACCUCCCCUUCGAUUCUUCUCAACUCAACUUGCUAAAAGGAAUUAUCAUGUCUUCCUUUGCGACUGCCGAAGUUUGCGACGCACAUGCAUCCCACCUAGCCGUUGGUGAUCUCCGAGCCCUGGAGCCCGUGUUCAAGAUUUACGGGCAAUGUCGAGCUUUCUCUGGGCCCAUAGUCACUCUCAAGGUGUUUGAGGACAACGUUUUGGUUCGGGAGUAUCUCGAGACUAGGGGGGACGGUCGGGUCCUAGUCAUUGAUGGCGGUGGAAGCAUGAGAUGUGCACUCGUGGGCGGCAAUCUUGGCCAGUUGGCUCUGAACAACGGGUGGGCAGGAAUUGUCGUCAAUGGGUGCAUCAGAGACGUGGAUGAGAUCAACGAUUGCGAUAUUGGGGUUCGAGCAUUGGCUUCUCAUCCUCAAAAGUCGUAUAAAAGAGGUGUCGGUGAAAAGAACGUGCCGGUUCAUAUCGGAGGAACCAUAAUCCAUGAUGGUGAAUGGUUGUAUGCCGAUAGCGAUGGGAUUCUUGUGUCGAAAACCGAGUUGUCGUUGUGAAAGUUUCCCUAUCGAUACAUCCUUCAGAAAAUGCCGAAGUGUUCAGUGUUUUUUUUCCUUCUCGUAGUCUUGUAACAAAUAUUUUGAGACGAUGGAUUCUUUGUAUUACAGUCUCUGGUCAUAUAAGGUGGUAGUCAUCUUUGCAGAAUAAUUGGAAAGUUUCGGGUUCGAUUUCAA